AUGUAAACAGUUCGUCCUUCGUCUGACUGACUGCUAAUUAAUCCUUCUGGACCUGCUAUGAAGAAAAACACAUUUACCACAUAACGACGGAUUUUAGACGUGCACAAAAAUGAUUCCAGGUGGAAAAGGAUCUCUGGAUUCAACGCACCAUGCUGCCAGCAGUGACAGUGAUUCCAUUAAAGUUUUUGUGCGAGUGCGACCUCUGACUCAGGGCACCGGACUGACCACAGAUGGAGAUCAGAGUCUAUGUCUCAUGGUUACUUCACCCAACACAAUUCGACUGCUCUCAAAGCCUGAACCACGAACCUUCACCUAUGAUCAUGUUGCUGAUAUGGACACAUCCCAGGACUCUGUAUUUUCCAGUGUGGCCAAGAAUAUUGUUGAAUCUUGCAUGAAUGGAUAUAAUGGUACAAUUUUUGCAUAUGGACAGACUGGUUCAGGGAAGACAUUCACCAUGCUUGGACCAUCUGAGUUGGAUAACUUCACAGAUGAACUACGAGGGGUUAUUCCUCGAAGUUUUGAGUACCUGUUUUUUCUCAUAAACAGAGAGGUGGAAAAGUCUGCCCAGGCCAAGAGUUUCCUUUGCAAGUGUUCAUUUAUUGAGAUUUACAAUGAACAAAUUUAUGACCUCCUGGAUACUGCCUCGGCCAGCCUUUUCGUCAGGGAGAACAUCAAGAAGGGUGUGUUUGUUGAGGGAGCCGUGGAGAAGUUUGUCAACUCCGCUGCUGAAGCCUACCAGGUGCUGUCUAUGGGAUGGCGUAAUCGACGAGUGGCCUCCACCUCCAUGAAUCGUGAGUCGUCAAGAUCUCAUGCUGUGUUCACCAUGACUUUGGAGUCUAAAGAGUCCAUCAAUGAUGUGGUGAACAUCCGAAUGUCUCAGCUGAACCUGGUGGACCUGGCAGGGUCUGAGAGGCAAAAAGAUACACACACAGAGGGCUCCAGACUCAAGGAGGCCAGCAGUAUCAAUCGCUCCCUCAUGUGCCUCGGUCAGGUGAUCAUGGCACUGGUUGAUGUGUCCAAUGGGAAGAAUCGCCACAUCUGCUACAGAGAUUCAAAACUUACAUUCUUGUUAAGGGACUCUCUUGGAGGAAAUGCAAAGACUUACAUCAUAGCUAAUGUUCAUCCUGGUUCAAAGUGUUUUGGGGAAACAUUGUCCACCUUGCACUUUGCCCAGAGAGCAAAGCUGAUCAAGAAUAAGGCCAUUAUCAAUGAAGACACACAAGGAAAUGUGAGGCAGUUACAGGCUGAGGUGAAGAAGCUGAAGGAGCAGCUUGCACAGGCACUUGCUUCUCAAACGCUGGACAGUGGAAGAGAUGCAGCACCAGGAGGGCCUGAGCUGCCUAUGGGUCAGUCCAUUGAAAUUCAACAUAAUGCCUCAUAUAAAGCAAAGUUUAUGGCUGCUGUUCGUUUGUGGAAGAGGCGAGAAGAAGAGAAGAGGGUGCUACAUGAGAAGGUGGCGCAGCUCGAGGAGGCUUGGACCCAAAAAGACAAGUUCAUCCACUCCAGCCGUAUGAUUGUCAGGUUCCGAGAGGACCACAUCUCUCGGCUUGAGAAAAAACUGAAAGCAGGACAGAUUUCACUGACUGACUCAGAGUUUCAGGCCCAUAUCAACCAACUGAAAGAAGAAAUUAAGAUUUUAAGAGAUCAGGUUGACCACCACCCAAAGAUGACUCGGUAUGCAGCAGAGAAUUACAGCCUCAGACAGGAGAACCGUCUGCUGCGCUCCCUUGAAUCAAUAACAAACUCUCAAGAGGCUGUAGCUCAAAUAGCUGCUGAACUGGAAGAAGCCUUUCAGAAGGCCUUGGAAUCAGAAAAGCCCACAGAGACCUCCACUACCCAAGUGGCUGUAGAUGCUGCCUCUGCCACUACAAUUGAGAAGCUAAAGGCCCAGUUUCUUCAGAAACAGUCUGACCUCACAGCUGCCCUUCACGCCUUUGAGGAGUACAAAGAUGUCACAAAAAAACAGAUGUCUCAGCUGGAGUCAGAAAAAAGAUACCUUGACAAGUCCAACAAGCAUUUGGAGAAGAUUUUGGAAGCAACAAAGGCUUAUAAAAACAAGGAGGUCUCUGAGCUCAACAGAAUUCAUGUUGAAACUAUAAAGAUUCUCACUACACCCACCAAAGCAUACAAUUUGCGGUCUCGGUUGGUGCCUCUGUCCAGUCCAGAACAUUUGAAUGGCACAGAAAAUAAAGAGAAUGAUAUUUGGUCUGAGCUCCCUCCUUCAAGCAUGACAGAGAUGGCCUUAACCGAAGAGCUGUGUCAAGUGCAGGAGCAAGCUGGUAAUGUCCAGACACAACUGGAUGAGGUAGAGCUAAAGAACAGCAAGCUGCUACAGGAAAUUGCAAAACUCGAAGAACAGAUCAGCGUGAUGUCACAGGAGUCCAAAGAAAAGGAUGAGCAACUUUCUACUGAACGAGCAAACAGGAAUAAAGAACAGCUUGACCUCCAAGAAAUUAUCAGCAACCUGCAACAGGGUGUUCAGACCGAACAACAAACUGCAGAAGUUCUGAGGAAUGAGAUCCGUGAUCUACGUCUGUUGCUGCAGUCGUCGGAUAAGGAGCUGGCAGCAGUAAAGGAUGAACUCAGGGACAGUCAGAGUGAGAAGCAGAAAGAAACGAGCCAGCUCUCCAACAGCCUGAUCAGCACUCAGCUCCAACUCGAUGAAGUCCGGUUGGAGUGGGAGCAGCUUCUGGAGCAGCAUCGGACACUUCAGGAUUCUUUUGACCAGCUGCAAGCCGAAGCGAAGUUUGAGACUGAUCAGGCCAGACAGCAGCUACAGGACAAACAGCAGGAAACUGAUGAAAUGAAGGCACAGAUCACAGAAUUGAACAAUGCUUUACAAACUGAGCAAGAGCAUACAAACACCCUGAGCUCCCAGUUAAGAGAAAACAAAGAAAGUGCAUCAAAGGAACUUGUUGAAACAGUGGAGCAGAAUACACAGCUUAAGAAACAAAUCUCUGAGCUGACAGCACAAAAUCAACAACAGGCAUUAAAACUUGUCGAUCUUGAGCGAAGCCUAACCUCUGCCAAUGAAAUCACAAAAGGUCUGGAGCAGAAGAUCGAACAAGACAAAGAUGUUGUUUUAGAUCUGAUAAACCAAACCAGAGACCUGCGCAGUGAGCUGAGCCAGAAGGGCCAGACCAUCACUCACCUGACUGGAGAUGUCAAGGACGUCACUGCUAAGUACAAUGCUGCCUGUCUCGAAAAGGAAGAAAUCAGGGAGCAAAACUCUAAGAUGCGAGCAGAAAUUGUGGACAUCAAAGAAGCUAUAGAUAGAAGAGUAGCCUCCAAUAAAAUCGAGGUCGAAGUGUUGCAGGAGGAGCUGGCCUAUGCCACUGACGAGGUUGAGAGGCUCACUAAGGUAUUAGAUGAGCAGAACAACCUCCUUCAGGCAUCUCAAGAGCAGGUAGCCCAGAAGGACCGUGUGAUCCAGAACUUACAGCAGAAGGUGCAACAACAGCAAGAAGCUGUUGAGAAAAGCAUCAAGAGUUUUAAACCAGUCACUGUCACACCAAAAUCUUUACCUCGGACACCUUGUACUCCAGGAAGCUUCAACAGGGACCUGAGUCAGGUACUGGAGAACCAAGAGAGAGAGCUUGAGAAUCGACGCUCAUCUAUGAUGACUAUGGAGAUUCUUUUGGCAGAGCUGAACGCAGAGAGGGCUGCAAAGAAUGAUGAAAUACAACGACUUAAGACACAGUUAACUGAGAAGGAGAUGGUCCGACUGGAGAUUCAGGCUUUACUGGACCAGUUUUAUACCAAGCAGAGCCAGAUGACACAGAAUGGAAAUUCAAAUGGUGAGGAGUUGAAUGAGGCCAUUAAACAGUCCAUACUAAAAGAGCUACAGGAAGAGAGAACAGAUAAGAGCAAAAUAAUGCAGCAGCUGUCUGAGACUCAGAGAAGAUUGAAGGCCCAGGAGUCGAUGCUGGCCCAGUCUCAGACCUGCGUUCAAGAACUCACCACUGAGCUGAGGAACCGCUGUUUAGAACUGAGAGACGUCAGUCAGAGGGUUCAAGACGAGGAGAAGUUGCUUCAGGAGAAUGAAGUUCUCCGUAAGCAGAAUGUUCAGCUUUCUGAGGAGAAUGGAAAACUUGUGGGCCAUAAGAAUCACAAACAGAGGAUUGAAUAUCUGGUGAAGUUAAAAAAGGACAACACCAAACUUCAAGAGGAAAAUGAAAAGCUGCGGUCAGAGGUUAGCAUUCUGCGAGACAACACGGGAAGUCUACCUUUGGAUAUGAUAUAAAGUUGUUUUUUCUAAACACAUCAAACAGAAGGGACUUUUUGUUUAAACUUUUUCCCUUUUUAUUCAAUUGGUAAUUUUUUAGAUGGCUUCAAAUUCAAAGACAUUGUAGUUUAUGAUUUGUUCACUUUUUGCAUUAAGAAAAUACGCAAGAUGUUAUUAUAUUUUAAUGGUAUUGCCCUAUGUGAUAUGACCCUAUAUAUAACACUCAAAUUUUUGUCCUGAAAUCUUUUACAACUUUCCAGCGAUUACCUGUUGCAGCAGAAAUGCACAUGCAGUGACAAGCUCCGUAUUUCUUGGUCUAGUAGUCCUUGAUCUAACUAGUUAUUUUUACACUGCAUGUUGGGACUACAAUGUUGUAUGACAUGUCAAUGUGAAAACUGUGAACAAAACUUGUUUGUUUUUUCCUGUUGCUGUAGUUAUCAUCUGUGUUGUGUUUUUAUCCAUGAAAUAGUGGUCAGUGACUUUUAUAUAUAUAUAUAUAUACAUACGCUUUUUAUACUGUAAUUAAACAUUUUUUCCCAAAUGUCAGUCAAACACUUUUCAUACUGUAUUUUAUCUUUCUCUCCCACAGUCAUGGGAACUUUAAAAGGUAUGGAGUUUAUUAUUGCGCUCGAUUUUAUUUUCUUAAUUUUUUGCCAGGCCUCUGGAAAAGUAAAAAAAGAAAUUAAUCUUUGAACAUUCAGGGGAAGUCCUCCAGUAUAUUUUUUAUUAUGUUAACUUGACAAAAGUAGUUUAUUACCUUAAUAGUUUUGAGUUCUGAAUAUUUUAAGUGAAUGUGAAAAUAACAGUUGGAGAAUGAAAAAGGUUGAUUAGUUGUGAUACAAUAAUUAAUAUAUACAGGGGUUGGACAAAAUAAUGGAGACACCUUCACCUCAAGAUGAUAAUGCCCCAA